AUGUCGUCGUCGGUCGGUGCCGAGGCCGCGGGCGCCGCGCCGCCGCCGUCGCCGCCGCCCGCGCCGCGCGCGCCGCCGCCGCGCAUGGCGACGCCGCCCCCGUCCGCGCCGCUCGAGGAGAAGCCGUGCGCGUCGUCGUCGCCGCCGCCGCCCGUGACGACGCCGCCCGUGCGGUGCGAGGAGCCGGCGCCCGCGCCGUGCAAGGCGCCCGCCCAGGAAGACGCGUCGCCGGCCGCGGUCGUGCAGGAGAAGCCCGCGGUGCGCGUACCGGCCCGCUCCUUCGUCGCGCAGUGCGUGGAGAAGAUCGAGGGGGGCGCCGCGGGCAUCGACAAGGAGGAGACGGGUGCCGCGCGCGCCGCCGCCGCGCGCGAGGCGCGGGCCGCCGAGCGCGCCGCCGCGGAGGCCAAGCUCAAGGAGGAGGCCGCCGCGCGCGAGGAGGAGCAGGCCGCCGCGCUCGCCGCCGCGGAGGCCAAGCUCAAGAACGAGGAAGACGCCGCGGCCGCGGCCGCGGCCGCGAAGUCCAGCAAGAAGACCCUGUCCAAGGCUCCGGCGGCUGACGCUAACUCGCCGCCGACGACGCCGCUGCGCACCCCCAAGGGCCGCUCUCCUUCGGGCCGCUCUACUUCAUCAUUGUCGUCCGUCCUCUCGAAGCUGUCGGAUUUAACGAAGCGCAAGAACAUGCCUUUCCGUACUAGAUAUCGCCGCGAGAAGUCGCUGUACGGGACGAACGCGUCGGAUUAUGGCACCGAGCGGGCCCUCCGGGCCCGCCGCGGCAGCGGCCAUGUGGCUCCGGGACGCUUCGCCAAGGUCCGGGCCAGGAUUGCGCGGUUGACCGGCCGCGCGGCGCCGUCGAGCUAGGCGCCACCUCACCAUGCCCAUUCUCAUUCGUGAUCACAUCGCCUUCCGG